AACGCUACAGCAGCAUCAGAUCUCACUGCAGAGGCCAGAUGAUGCAGCAGCAUCGCCACAUGCUACAUUUGAAGCUCCUGAGUCUACCAUUAUGGAAAGAAAGGCAGAUGAAAGCCGGCGUUAAAGUUCCUCGCAAUUUCCGGCUCCUGGAAGAGCUGGAGGAAGGCCAGAAAGGUGUGGGAGAUGGGACAGUGAGCUGGGGUCUGGAGGAUGAUGAGGACAUGACCUUAACACGGUGGAGAGGGGUGAUCCUUGGCCCUCCAAGGACAAGCUAUGAAAACAGGAUGUACAAUCUGAAGGUUGAAUGUGGGCCAGAAUACCCAGAGUCACCACCGUUUGUCAGAUUUGUGACGAAGAUAAACUUGAAUGGCGUGCACACCUCCAACGGUGUGGUGGACAUGCACGCGGUGACUGCACUGGCCAAGUGGCAGAACUCCUACAGUAUCCGGAUGGUGCUGCUGGAGCUGCGACGGCUCAUGACCUGCAAGGAGAACAUGAAGCUUCCUCAGCCACCGGAGGGCCAGAUCUACAGCAACUGAGCCCACUGCUACGUUUGCCUCCAUCUUUUUCUCCCUCUCCCUCCCUCCCCUUGCCCAACUCGUCUGUUUUGCUUUCAUCCCUUUAUCCCCAUCCUCUCCGCCAUGUGACAUUCCACCUCCUGCCAACACCUUGACUGAGCACACACACACAAACACACACACACAGACACAGCAGAAGAUUCAACACACACAUAGCAGAAGAUUGAAAACACACACGCUCACACACACAUAGCAGAAGAUUGAACACACACACACACACACACACACACAGCAGAAUGAACACACACAUAGCAGAAGAUUGAUCACACACACGCUCACACAGCAGAAGACUGAAGUACACAGUAUAAGACUUAAGUACACUGUAACAGAUACAUGCAAACAUACACACACACACACAAACACACACAUCUGUAUACACAGAAGACUGAAGUACACAGUAACAGAUGCAUGCAAACAUACGUACACAUUUUUGCACAUGCACAUUUAUCUGGAUACACACACGUACACACAGCAGAAGACCUAUACAAUCCACAGCAACAGGUACAUGCAAAUAUACAUACAUAUAUAUGUGUAAACACACACUUAUUGAGCGUUCAUGAAAGUCAUUCCAGGCCCUCCCUCUCCCAUCACUGGAGCUCUGGGUGGACUCGAUGCGACGAGGCAGGCGGAGUACCUCGGUCCACACCAGAUAUACGAUCAUUCAAAUACUGUACAUGUUACUAAUCUUUUUUUUUAUUAUUAUUUGUUAAAAAAAAUGCAGAUUGUACAAUAACAUAAAUAAUCUUAUUGAGUGUACCUCUUUUGUGUGUUGCCUUUUUGUAACAGUAAAAAAAAAAAACGGCCACUUAACAUUAUUGCACAUUAAACGUGCUGUUAGUUAUGAGA